UAAUUAUUUCUCUAUCUAUUUUUAAGAGAAUCUACGAGUUUUGUAGCCCAAUUGAUGCAGACUUGAAAAGCAUAACAUUUACUAGAUAGGUCGGGCAAAAGUUCUUUUGUUUUUUGAAAAUGACAACCGUUGCACAUUCUCUUUAUAUUUGCUGCUAUUCAUCUCUCGGGAGCUUGAAAUCAGCCCCUAACUCACGCCAGAGUAAGCGCAAGAUUUCAACAGGAAAAAGUAUGGGACCAGGAUCUGUAAUUUUAAAAUUUAAGGCGCGUGCCCAGAAUAAGGCACUGGAAAUUGAAGAGAAUUAUCGGAGGGAGCUAUAUCCAGAAAUUGAGCCAUAUAGUUCAGGCUUUUUGGAGGUUUCAGAUCUUCAUUCUUUAUAUUGGGAGCAGAGUGGGAACCCGGAUGGAUAUCCAGUUGUUUUUCUUCAUGGGGGGCCUGGAGCUGGUACAGAUGGCAGUAAUAGAAGAUUCUUUGAUCCCAACUUUUUCCGUAUUGUAUUGUUUGAUCAGCGUGGUGCAGGCAAAAGCAGGCCACAAGCAUGCUUAAAGGACAACACUACAUGGGAACUUAUCAAAGACAUUGAAAAACUCAGGAAGCACUUGGAUGUUGAUAAGUGGCAGGUUUUUGGAGGGUCAUGGGGCAGUACUUUAGCUCUAGCGUAUGCACAAUCAUAUGCUGAACAUGUCACUGCAAUGAUCCUCCGAGGUAUUUUCUUGUUGAGGAAGAAGGAGAUUGACUGGUUUUAUGAAGGGGGUGCUUCUGCAAUAUACCCUGAUGCAUGGGAGAAAUUUUGUAAUUUUAUUCCAGAGGAGGAGCGUGAUAACUUUGUUAUUGCAUAUGCAAAGAGAUUGAAUGGCGAUGAUCCUCAAGAGAAGAAUUCAGCUGCUAAGAUUUGGACAAAAUGGGAAAUGAUGACAUCCCAUCUUCUUCCAAAUGAAGAGUAUAUGAGGAAAGGAGAUGAUAAUGAAUUUUCUUUGGCUUUUGCUUGUAUUGAAAAUCAUUAUUUCAAGAACAAGGCUUUCUUUCCAACAGAUUCGUUCCUACUUGACAAUGUGGACAAAAUUAGACAUAUUCCAACCAUAAUUGUACAGGGAAGAUAUGAUAUUUGUUGUCCGAUGAUGUCUGCAUGGGAUCUUCACAAAGCAUGGCCUGAGGCCGAAUUCAAGGUAAUUUCGGAUGCGGGUCACUCUGCUAAAGAACCAGGAAUAACAGCAGAAUUGGUUGCAGCAAAUGAGCGGUUUAAAGAACUAGUUUAUGGGAAUAAACUACCAAGCUAAUUAAUUCGCAGAAAACGUUUGUAUAAUCAUGUGUCACUAAAUGUACCUUUUCUCAGAGAAACGUGUUGGACUACUCCUUGGAUUUAUCAAUUGUGGUGUUAAAGAUAUCAAAGCAUGGACCUGAUAUUUGCAUUAAUAAUGUGUAUUUGCUCUCCUAAACUCCACUGUUUUAUUUGUAACAUUAAUGGAAUUUCUGGUUCAAAUGUCUCGAAAGAUAUGUUGGAUUUUUCAAUCAUGGAGAUAGAUGUUGAUGACGAUGAAAUGAACAAGCCACAUAUUACAGAAAAAAUUAUUUAAACAAUUGUAGUCCAUGGGAGAAUGUCUUUUAGACAAUUGGAGUCCAUGGGAUAGAGCCAUUUAUAAUUAGAUGACCAUCAAAGCGAUUGUAUUGGUUCAACCAUUGUUAAGUGGAAAAGAGAGGUGUUUAUAUUGCUAGCUAUAUUAAUAAUAGUUUCAGUUCUUAAA